AUGGCCGAGGGGCCAGCUAAAAGGAGUGCCUCUCCCCAGGCCAUUUCACCGCCUCCGCUACGCCGCAAGGUCGACCCGACUGUCACCAAGAAGUCGGUUGCCAAUUUCUUCACUCCGGCCUCGCAGAAGAAGCCUGAAGUAAUUACAUGGCGCCUCAUUGGGACGAGUUGCAUCAUCGGAAAACAGACCUCCAAGAACCAAGUGCCGAGUCCCUCUGAGAAACGCCGUAUUGCUGGAUUUGAUCUGGACUCAACAUUGAUCAAGACAAAAUCCGGCAAUGUGUUCCCAAAGUCAGCAACAGACUGGCAAUGGUGGAACGACAAAGUUCCAGGUCGUCUGAAGGAGCUCAAUUCCGAAGGCUACCAAGUCGUGAUCUUCUCAAACCAGAAGAAGAUCAGCGUUCAGAAAGACAUCAAGGGGGGUCGAAGUGAAUCGAAGAGUCUCUCGAAUUUCAAAGAGAAGAUGACUGUUGUCUUGACGCAACUUGAUAUUCCCGUGAGCGUCUACGCAGCUACUACGGAUCCUGAGUACCGCAAGCCCCGUCUCGGGAUGUGGCACGAGUUCUUGGAUGACUAUGACCUUGAUGUUGCCGGUGUUGAUUUUUCUGGCUCAGUCUUUGUGGGAGACGCAGCUGGACGGCCUGGUGAUCAUUCGGGUGUGGAUCGUGGAUUGGCCACGAACAUGGGCAUGUCCUUCAAGACACCAGAAGAGUUCUUUCUCGGUGAAACAACAGAGCCAGCGACAAAGCUGUUUGAUCCGAUGCUCUAUGUGAAGUCGGAAGAGGAACCUGCCAAACCAUUUACUCGCAAGCACCCCUUGGAACUAGUCAUCUUCUGUGGAAGUCCUGGUGCUGGCAAAUCUACUUUCUACUGGACUCAUCUGGAACCUCUCGGUUACAAACGAGUGAACCAGGAUAUGCUUAAAACGCGCCCGAAAUGCCUCAAGGUCGCUCGCGAACACCUUGAAGCUAAGAAAUCAGUUGUAGUCGACAACACAAAUGCCGACCCGGAAACAAGAGCCUAUUGGACCUCCCUAGCAAAGGAGUUGAAAGUGCCCAUCCGCUGCGUCCAGUUCAUCUCAACCCCAGACCUCUGCAAACACAACGACGCUGUCCGCGCAUCUAACAAAAACCUUAAUCCCGAAUCUAGAACCUCCCUUCCAGGAAUCGCCUUUGGCGACUUCGGCCGCCGCUUCCAGGCACCCACGUUAGACGAGGGAUUCGACGAUAUCAUCCCUGUCGAGUUCCAGUUCCGCGGCAGUGACGAGGCCAAGGCUCUUUGGCGCCAGUACUGGAUUUGA